ACAAGUGACAGUGACAUGACCGGUGGCCUGACCUUUCAAACUGUUUGAACUUCAGUAAAGUUAAAAGUCAUUUUUUCUGAUUUUAAAAUCUUCCUGUUCAUUUCGGUUAUUCCCCAAUGGCUGGAUUAUUCAAUAACUUUAUUCGUAGGGUGCCACAAUUACUGAAGUCUACUGUACCGACUGCCAAACACAUAACCCAAAGAAACUUGAUUUUAUCAUCUUCACUUUUGGCACCAAAGGUUCAACAACCAGCACCUGACUUUAGUGGAACAGCCGUAAUCAAUGAUGAUUUUAAGAACAUCAAGUUGAGUGAUUACAAAGGGAAAUAUGUGGUGCUGUUCUUCUAUCCUCUUGACUUCACAUUUGUUUGUCCUACGGAACUCAUAGCAUUAGAUGAAAGAAUUGAAGACUUCAAAGCAUUGAAUGCCGAAGUGAUUGGGUGCUCAAUUGAUUCCCAUUUCUCGCAUUUAGGAUGGAUGAAUACUAAAAGAUCAGAAGGCGGUCUGGGAAAACUUAGAUUUCCUUUACUCUCAGAUAUCAACAAAAACAUUGCCAGGACUUACGAUGUUUUGUUAGAAUCCGAUGGUGUUGCUCUCCGGGGGAUGUUUAUCAUUGAUCCAAAUGGUAUUCUCCGUCACAUCACUGUCAACGAUCUACCUAUCGGACGAUCAGUUGAUGAAACCCUCAGGAUAAUUGAGGCUAUACGAUUUGUGGAAGAACAUGGAGAAGUAUGUCCUGCUAAUUGGAAGAAGGGUGGGAAAACUAUCAAACCUGAUCCAAAGGGAUCCCAAGAUUACUUCAAAUCAACUCAUUCCUAAAGAAGAUAUGAUCUUGUGGUUAUUUUAAGAUUAUUUUGCUUGUUGAAAAAUUUUUGUUAUGUAAUAUUAAUUAAAUCAAUGCUUUAUUUCUA